GGGUCUUCUUCCAGCCUCCCUCUCUCCCCCCUCCCACUCCCCACAUCCUCCACAUUACCAUACCCCCUUAAAGAGUAUUGCGCGCAUUAAAUUGCUUUUCAUUUCCGCGCUGUGACAGUCCCGAGAUUGUGGGAUUUAUGCGUUUUUACGAGUGAUCCUCGCUGUCAUACUGUGGUAAUUGUUUCAUAAUAUGCCCAUCGCUGUAGGGGAUGCGCUGGUUUGCACCAACCGAGAUCAACUUCCACUAGUUGAAACGUUGGUGGGAAGAUAAAGAUAGGAUAUCUUAUGGCAAAUGCAGGAGUGGAAGAAAAGGGGGAUCGGAUUCGUGCGUUUUUUGCCACGCUCUGGAGGAACAUAUCCACAUAUUCAGUGAUCUUCGCUCCAUUUGGACGCUCCAUGCGAUUGAAAUAAAGAGAGACCUUGGGCAGAUCUAUACAUAAACUGGUACAAGCCGCACCACUGGCAGCAGACAAGGGGAUUCGUGCCUCUCUCCUCCGCUUCGCCAGUGCGCAUGGAUGAAAGUCACAGUUAAAAUGCAUGCGGCAAGAAGUCCUGUCUGAUGUGGGAUUACUGAGUUUUAUUCGCCCUUUUUUUUCUCUCUUCACCAUGUUCCAACUUUGGUUUUGGCUCUUUUUCCGAGAUGAUGCUGCUAAUUUCGGUCACUGCCGCUGCUGCUGCUGGAAGAAUACAGGAUCCCGCUUCUUUGCCGCGCUGGCUGGCACGAUAUUGGCCUGAAUGUGACUGUAUAUGUGCUCUCUGAACGCCUGGUUUAUGGAGCUAAACACCGAGGAGACUUGACUUUAAGGAUUUUUUUCUUUUUCUUUUUUCUGACAGCCGACGGAAGGGCGGGCUGUGAAAUCCAUGUUUUCUGAGAGAAAGGAAGGCGCACAGCCGUGAUUUUCGGGAUGCUUUGGCGUUUACCGGGAUCAGCACGGUAAGAGGACAGUCUCUUUUUCUGGCUCUCUCUCAUAACAUUUCGGUUGGGGAUCUGUCCGUGGUGCUGAAAAUCUCUCUUUGCCCCCCUUUUUUUUCCACUUGCAUUGCUGAAGUUGAUCCGGAUUUGCGAUGCUGUUAAGCAAGGUGUCUGCGCAUAAGCAUAGAGGCUGCAUUUUGUAUGCUCACGUUUAUCACCACAGUUUUUAUUCGUUCCAAAUAAUCCCCCCCUCGCUUCGCGCAAGCGGAGAUAGGCGCACAAGUUAUCCGUUUUAUUUCCACGGGCGAGGGGGGCAUUUCUCGAGGUUAUGGUAAUAAACUCAAAUGUAAGAAAGGAGGGGGAAGGAAAUGGGAUGAAAGUACGCGCACUGCUUAGGACACAUCCAGCGUGCAGAAGGAGCUUGCCCCCCUUGUAUGUUAAAAAUGCGCAUACUUGGGCAGAUUUACUCGUCUGAUGUGUAGGCUUUUGUGUUCUUUUAUGGAGCGCACACAGACUGAAUUUGUGUGCGAGUGUGUGUGUGUGGGUCCGUGCACGCGCGAUCACGCGUCUGUGCCGGGGAGAGGAGGGGAAACGAGAAAGAGGGAGAGAGAGAGAGAGAGGGAGACUAUCUGUAACCUUCUAUAUAGCAGAUGCCUUACAGAAUACUUGAUUAUAGAAUUAUUUACCCCCCCGUCAAAAUGCUAUUUCGAUCAGAGAUGCGCCAUGAGAUCGUCGAUACUUGCUUAUUCGCCUUUGAUCAACUCCUCUCAUUUCUUUUUUUCGCCCGUGGGCAGAAGAAGGGCUGCGACUGUCGCCUUGUAGGCUGAUAUUCACAUUUUCCAAACGCAGGCCGGAUUUUAACAUGAUCGCGGAGUGAUUCUGCUUCUUUUUUUAAGAACAAAAAAAUCCCAGGAUUGUUUGGAUCAUAACAGGCGCAUUCAAUCCCCCCCUCGUCCUCAUGUUGUUUGCACGGAGGCGGAGAGAAAGGAUCCGGCAGUUUCCCCAAGUCGUCGGGUAUGCGGGGUGAGUGAGAGGAAUAAUCUUUUCUGCUUCGGAGAUAGGAGUUGCAUCUUGGUGGUUUUAGUUUGGAGACGGGUGAAAAAGACGAACAAGACGCCUUUUUAUAGCGUAUAACGCGACGAGGCAUGUGCUAUUUUGACAGUGCGCCUUUAUAUGUGGUCAAUCUCAAUGGAUCGAAUUAGUAAAUGACCAGAUCUAUCAGUCUGCACACGGUAGAUGGCGGUGGCUUUUUCUCUCCCCCCCUUCUCUCUCCCUCCCAAGAUGGAUUGGAAUUCAGGCGAGCUAUCAAAAAUGCGCAGUGGCCAUCCACCGCGGGUAGUUGUGUUAUCAACUUGCUUUAUAUCAUUUAACAAAGUCUGCAUUUUGCUUCAGAUUCAUCCUGGUUGCUUGUUUUGUGGAGACCCAAAAUGAUGCCGACAUACAUCUGCAUAAUGAGAGAGCAUUAAUAGGCCUACUUGUCUCUGCCUCUGUGUGUAUGUGUGUGUUUGUUGUGAAUGUCUCCUGCAUACUUCUUCAUCAGAAAGGGGUCGCCUCUUAUGCAUGCAUUUUGUGAUUCCUGCACUACUCUUUGCAUUUCUAUAAAACAGAACUCGUCCUUUUUCUUUUCCCUCCUUCUAGAUGACACCUCAUACUGGUACCGCACUUGAGUGAGCUGGGGCAUCCUCUCCCAGGAAAAAUGCAUAUCUGGAUCCUAAAAAUAAUCCUUCUGAUUGCAUCAUCUCUGAGGCUGGUCGAGAUGUAUGACAAUUAUGGGGAGAUCUGUCGAAACCUGUGUACGUGCGAGGAGAAGGAAGGGAUCCUGACGGUGAGCUGCGAGAACCGGGGGAUCAUCCGACUCACGGAGGUCAGCCCGGUGCAUUUCUCCAUGUACCACCUCCUGCUGACGGGGAACCUCCUCAAGAAGUUGUCAGUCAAUGAUUUCAUCAAUUACACCGGGGUGACCAUCCUGCACUUGGGGAACAAUGACAUCUCAGAGGUAGAGUCAGGUGCCUUCAACGGACUCCAGGGAUUAAAAAGGUUGCACCUGAACAACAAUAAGAUUGAGGUUUUGAGGGAUGACACCUUUACAGGACUGGAGAGUUUGGAAUAUCUCCAGAUUGAUUAUAACUACAUCACCAAUAUAGAGCCCAACGCCUUGAGCAAACUCCACCAGCUGACCGUGCUGAUUUUGAACGACAACCUGCUCUCAAUCAUGCCCCUGAAUAUCUUUCGGAAUGUCCCCCUUACGCACUUGGACCUGAGGGGGAACCGGUUAAAAAUGUUCCCCUACAUCGGCCUCCUGGAGCACAUGGAUAAAGUUGUGGAAUUACAGCUGGAGGAAAACCCCUGGAACUGCUCCUGCGAGCUCAUCGCUCUGAAGGCUUGGCUGGAGAGUAUUGCCUACACAGCACUCGUAGGGGAGGUGGUGUGCGAGACGCCGUUCAGGCUCCACGGUAGGGACCUGGAUGAGGUGUCCAAACAGGAACUCUGUCCCAGAAGACCCCUGGAGGAGACAGUGAGGCCUGCGCCCCCAAGCAGCACGAAUGGAUACUACCAGACCACGCCUGCUGCUGUCACAGCCUCUGCAACCUCAUCGGCUGUAUUUAGGUCCUCCUCUAGGCCUACCAAGGGCACAAGGCAAUUCAACAGAACUAGGUUAAAGCCCACUUCCCGCAUACCUGGUGGUAACCCUUACAAUUAUGGCCAAAUUAUUACUUUUCAGACCAAAUCUCCUGUGCCUUUGGACUGUCCCACUGCCUGCACUUGUAACCUGCAGAUAUCUGAAAUUGGGCUUAACGUCAACUGUCAAGAGAGGAAGAUUGAGAGUAUUUCUGAUCUAAAACCCAAGCCAUACAAUCCUAAAAAGAUGUAUCUCACUGGAAAUUACAUCCCUGUGGUACGGAGAUCAGAUUUUGUUGAUGCCACCGGAUUGGAUUUGCUUCACUUGGGAAACAACAGGAUAAGUCUGAUCCACGACCGGGCUUUUGGGGAUUUAACCAACCUGCGUAGGCUGUAUUUAAAUGGUAAUCUCAUGGACAGGCUUACAGGAGAGAUGUUUUUUGGUUUGCAGAACCUGCAGUAUCUUUAUUUAGAGUAUAACAAAAUCAAGGAGGUUGAAGCGGGCACUUUCCGCUACCUCCCUCAUCUCCAGCUGCUUUUCCUUAACAAUAACCUCCUGAAAACCUUACCCGUGGGCAUCUUUUCCAGCCUCUCCUUAUCUAGGCUCAACCUGCGCAACAACCAUUUCCAAAACCUGCCUGUGAGCGGUGUUCUGGACCAGCUGAAGCUGCUGGUGCAGAUAGAUCUCUUUGAAAACCCUUGGGACUGUUCUUGCGACAUCGUUGGGAUGAAGAUCUGGCUGGAGCAGCUCACCGCAGGGACCGUCGUGAACGAGGUCAUCUGCGAGACUCCCAGACGCCACACUGGAAUGGACGUGCGCUCCGUCCAGUCAGAGCAGCUCUGCCCGGACUACUCGGACGCCUACGUCUCACCGACUCUCCCGACGGAGGAGCCGAUGGACGACCGGGUCGUCACCACCAACGCACCGCAGAAGGUCGACACGCCAAGCAGCACCGUCCCCCUCUCUGUCCUCAUCCUCAGCCUCUUGCUUGUUUUCAUCAUGUCUGUAUUCGUGGCGGCCGGGCUCUUUGUUGUCGUCAUGAAAAAGCGCAAAAAAUCUCAAAGUGACCGCACUAGCACCAACAACUCUGACGUCAGCUCUUUCAACUUGCAGUACAGCCUCUACAGCAACCGCUCAGGCCCCAAAGUGAAGGCCCCAGCCGGUCACGUCUAUGAGUACAUCCCCCACCCAAUGGGUCACAUGUGUAAAAACCCCAUUUACAGGUCACGAGAGGGGAACACAGUUGAGGAUUACCGUGACCUCCAUGAGCUGAAAGUCACUUACAGGAGUACCCCUGAGGAGGAGAGGGAUAGCAGUACGAUGAGGAGCCCUGCGUACAGUGUUAGCACCAUUGAGCCACGUGAAAACCCCUCCCCCGUGCAGGAUGCCGACCAUUUCUUUAGGGGCAUCCUUGAGCCGGAUAAGCAGCCCCCUCACCCGUCAAUGGCAUCCAUUCCUGCAGGUGCCAAUUUAGAGUACAAGUACACAGGGCCUGUGUCGUACACGUACAACCCAAAUUUUGAUGUCAGACGUCAGUUCUUGCACCCGGAGAGGAUAAGAGAAACGGUGCUCUAUGGCACAGCACCCAGUACUGUUUAUGUGGAGCCCAACAGGAAUGAGUAUUUGGAGCUAAAAGCUAAACUCCAGUCUGAGCCCGAUUACCUCGAAGUUCUUGAGAAACAGACCACCUUUAGCCAGUUCUGAGCAGCAGAGUCUAAUGAAGCAUUUUCUCUCUUGACCCUCCUUGAGACACUGGCUCAGUUUUUAGGGUGCCUUGGCACGACACAAACAAGCAAAAGCAAAAGGAGUUGAAACGGGGUGUGCCGAACAAUCUUAUUCUUAUUUCUGAAACAUGACAUUACAGGAAUGGAUACAGCUUUCUGAAACAUGGAUGAACAAAAUUGCUCUACUUAACUGAUGAUGCAAAAUCUAUUUUUCUAUGGUGAAGAUCGAAUAACACACAAAAAUGUAAGUGUACAGGUAAAUCUUACCCAACUUUCAUUUUCAGGAAUAUAACCAUACAUAAGGUAUAUUGUGAAUCAGAAAAAGAAAUGUUUAUAAGAGUCACUCCUGGACAAAAACACUGUACAGCAGAUCAUCAAAACUGUGUAGGACUAUUUUCUGCUGUAGUCUGUAAGUAAGUAUUUAUUGAUAUAAUCUGCCAUGUCUUUUCAAAACUUUUGAUUCUACAUCAAUAUUACCUGUGUCAUCAUACUCCAUGAUCCUCUGGAAAGGCUUAUGUUUGUAGUUUCAUUUACUGUAGCUCUGCAUUGUAAAAGUGGCUUUUUUUGAGAGUGGCACACCCCCAAUGUUCAAAAAAGACUGCGUCAUUUGAAGAAGAUGAAAAAAAAAAAAAAGUGUCUUUGUAUGCUUUCUGCACUUUUUGGAAUUGGAAGGCGAGUUAGCCUUCGAUGAGCUCUCAUAAAGGAGAUUAUUAUAUUAAAAAUGAAUAUGGGUAUUCAUUCUUAAUAUGUAGAAUUGAUAUGUUAUCAAACAAAACCCAGAAAAGAUGAUAUUUGAAGUAUAAAUUCUGUUGUGUAAUACUGAUAUUUUAAUCAAUGUAACACCUAUUUUUAUACGAGCAUUCGCAGAUUCUCUAUCCCUUAUUAAUUUUCAUUUGUUUUGAUUGCUUUGCACUUAUUGCACUAUAUUGACCAAACUAUGUUAUUGUCAUCAAAUAAACAUGAUGUCAGGUUCAUAUAAUGUGCUUAUGAGGAAGGUUGGCUGAAAAUCAUAUGAAUGGGGGUUGAUCUAAUAUCUGCAUUUAGACACACCUAAAGAGCCCCUGAAGUCCCCAAACUAUUCUGUAUUGUGUGCGCAAGAUAUUAACUUCCGCGCCCAAAUAAACAAACGUGUGUAAAAUUCAAUUCUCUUGGAUAAUCAUACUAUGGGGGUGUGCAAAGGAUACUUGUUUUGUUGCAUACAUGAUAACUCUGUGUGCAAAAGAUAAAAUCUCGUUCCCAUAAGAUAAUUACAUUAACAAACAAGAUCUUAUCUGGCCCACACAUGACACAAACUUUUAGGCCUGAGGCGCAUGUUCAAACAAGAUAGUUGCACAGUGCACACAAAAACCACUUUACAAGAAAAUAUCUUGCACGUGCGAUGUAAUUAAUUCACAUGGACAACUUAAUCUUGUUCUCGCAAGAUAUCCAGAAGUGCAAAUGAUUCUUAUUUUGUGUGCAGUGUGUGCUAGGUUGUGUAAACAACAUAAAUUCUUGUCCUUACGAGAUAAGUUUGUUUUGUGCACACAUCAUUAUCUUGUGUUCAUGUUCUAGUGUGUGCACAAGAUAACGUGUGCACAAACCUCUUGUUCGUACAAUGUGAUUACACAGUGCAAACAAGAUAAUCAACUUCUAAUAAUCAUGUAUCUUGCACAUACAAGUUAUAAUCUUGUAUGCACAAAAUAAUCCAACUGUAGUUAAAACUAUUCUUUGCAAGAGAACUUUUUGUUUAGCUGGGCACACAAGUUAUUAGCUUGUCUGUGCAAGAUAUUAACUUGUGAGAGCAAGAUUGCAAGAGUCGUGUUCACAAGAUAACUUGUUCUGCAGGAUAGUAACAUAAAGCACACAAGUUUAUAACUUGUUCCCACAAGAUUAUACUGUGCAAUCAAGAUAUUUACUGUUUCACACAGGACAUAACUUGUGCAGAUAAUCAGAUUAUUAUUCAUUUGAAGAAGUAAUUAUCUUGUGUGAACAAGAUGACUUAAUAUCUUAAUCACAUGAAAAUAGUCAGAUUAUGCCUGCGACUUAUUUUCCUAUAUCCAACACAAGAUAAUCAGCUGUGCACUCAAGAUGAUUAGUUUGUUCCCAUGGGGUGAGAACUUGUUUUCACAAAAGUACAUCAUGUACUUUAAAGAAAAUUGAUCCGUCAAAGUUUACAUCUUGCGCACACAGUACAAAAAAAUGUACUUUUUGGGACUUCACAGGCCCCAUAGAAAGGAGUGGUAGCUAUGUUUGGAAAUAUGUGCUUGAAUUAAGAGUUUAAUGUUGAAAAGUUACUUCAUUUUCCAAUCAAAUGAUAAGAAAAGCCUUUUAUUGUGAAGGGAGAGAAGAUUAAGAUACAGUGUGUAUGCCUCGCUAAAAGGGGCAGCCAGUGUCUCAGUGAGGAUUACAAUCAAUGGGCUUCAAUCAAUGAGUAUUAUCCGAGGCUGUCCCUUUGCAAUUAUACCAUGCAACCACAUAUGCUGCCUGGCAAGCAAUGACUUGGUCAUUUAUACGAGCAUCAUUAGAGCUGACUUGCAAUUAAAUGCUAUUUUAGCAAUAUGACAGAGUCAAUGGGUGUGAACUUUGACAAUGAUUAAGACGUACAGCUUCUGGAUGCAUGAACUGGCGUCUUCGCCAUUUCUUAUUUCUUCACUUUUAAUUGGAUUGUUUCAUAAGUGAACUUCUUUUGGAUCUCUUUACUUAAAAAAAUACAUAUCAUGAAAAUACAAUGACAAAUCUGCUUGUUUUUCUUACAUCUAAAGCAUUUAUUGUGAUUUUUAUUCCAAGUCCAAUCAAAAGUACAUCCCUCUCUUUUGGCGAAGACUACCCGCCGAGGUUUUUUUUUUAAGGGUAUUGUUAAGGUCGUUUACAGGAAGAGAAUGGGUCUUUUGGAAGGUAUCACAAAUGUUGGCUGGAGGGGCGUGUCAAUGUCUGUUUGAUUGACAGCAGCUGGCUGCCUGCCGGAGCAAUUGUGUUCCACCUUAGGGGAGAGAGACGGAGUAAACAAACUUGUGCGGCUGUCUGCACAUCAUGGGCAGAUAACAUGCUGUUCAUGGCAUUGAAAAAUGAGGGCCUCACCAACGUUUGAGUGAAACUGCAGCUAUGGUUACCUGGUGCUAAAUGCGCUGCAGCUGAGCAGCUAAUUAGCUAUCUUCACUGCAAAUUUGAGCAAGCAGUGCAGCGUUUUUCACCUCAAACAGCUAAGGUGGAAGAUUUAGACUGUGUUGGAUGCUGCUCUGUGGCUCAUUUAGGGUGUUUUUACUGUGUUGAAAUACAUGUUUUAGGGGUUUUCUGCCAAGUUAGAGCAAAACUAAGAGGCAAAAUAAAAGAAAAAAUCCUCAUUUUGUUUUCCUUUUUUUCUCAUGAGAGGACAUGGAAGCGUUUUUUAAGCUGAUAUGUAAGCCGAGGCAAACAAAGGCAGUGCAAUUUAAUUCUGUAUGGGCUUUAAGUUCCUCUUCAAUUGACCCACUUAGAUCCAAUAUGCAAAGUAGGCCUAUAAAAAUGCAAAGGAUGCACUGUGCCACCAUUUUCAGUGCGCGAUGAGCAUCACAAUUUAGGAAUUCAGUGUUCCCUAACUGAGACAGGCAGGGAUCUCUCCAGAGAGUGUGAAAAAAAAAGCCUUGUCAGACACCUUAAUCAGUCCCUCUUUUUUCCUAAUUCAGGGGAAUUAUAAGAUUUUAUUAUCACAGCUCCAAAACACAACAGUAGGUAUUUUUCUGUGAGCAAAAAAGAAGUCAUUUUCAGUCAUUUUUUUGUGCGCGGAUUCGACGGGGUGCCAGCUGCCUUUUCUCAAUGACAAAAAAAGAAGGGAAAAUGAAACGGGGGGCCUGCGCAGGGCCCUCCUUUUGUUGGAUCUUUUCAUAGAAGCCCCAGAAUGAGAACAGAAGGCACCAUUUGGGAGAUGAGGAGUCCUGGAAGCGAGUGUAACUGUGGAUGUGUCAUACAUGUAGCAGGGGAUGUGAAUCAUAGCCAAGAAGUGUGUGUGUGUGUUUGUGCGGAGUGCGCUCGCCCAGCUUCGGUGGCCUAUGGGAUGGCGGUGUGACAGGUUUUGACAUGGUGGAGAAAGGGAAAAUGAUCAUUUUUUGAGCUGCAGAAAGAAAGUGUUUUAAACCAAUGAAUGUGAAAACUGUGUAACCCUGAUUCCCAGAAGGCUUGGUACAUUGUGUCAAAUGUUGACAAAGAGAGAUUUGGACGGUUUGCAAAUCGUUUUAUCCCUUCAUUAAAUUGAAAAUAGUGAAAAGAGCAGGGUUUUGAAUAUUGGAACUAAAUGUGCCUAAUGUUUUUUUUUUAAUCAGCGGUGAGUUAAUAGUAAAGGCAGAUCAGUCUAUCACCUGGACUCUUCUACAAUGUUCCCACGUCGAUGUUGCUUGAUGUGUAAAUUUGCUAUACAGUGGACAUUUAACUUGGCAUGUUGUGCUUUUUUGUGGAUACAGCAACAAACUAUGCUUACAGAUAGAUGAUUUUGAGUCCAUGCAGUGAUUUCCACUACAGAGACGUCUUUUCUUACACUUUUUCAACCUUUUUUGAAUCUUGAAAUCAUAUUUUGUACUUUAGAGGAUAAAACACCCUUUUUUUUCAGUUUGUUUUUUAAAAUUGUAAAAAUACAGCCUCUGACAAAACCAUGAAGCUCUCCCCAUCUCUACACCUGAGAGACUUGGCCUCCUUGAUACCCAGUUAUGUGACUAACCUGUUACAAAUCAGCCUAAUCUGUUAAGAGCACGUUUUGUUUUUUUGUUCAAUUUUUCCACAUUUCAUGAAUUUUUUCAGUUUUUUUGUUGCCCCCGUCCCAAAAUUUCGCAAUAUCUGCUGGAAUCAAAAUUUUAAAAAUGAGCUUACAUUUUCAGAAAGCAAUCAAAAGCUUUAAUUCCAACAUUCGGUAUGUUGUCUCUGCACCAUUUUCGAAGGCAGAAAGGUCUAUUACCUGGACUCGUUGUUGCCACGUCGAUGUUGCUUGAUGUAUAAAUUUGCUAUACAAUGGACAUUUAACUUGGUAUGUUGUGCUUUUUUGUGGAUACAGCAACAAACUUUGCUCACAGAUAGAUGAUUUUGAGUCCAUGCAGUGAUUUCCACUACAGAGACAUGUCUUUUCUUACACUUUUUCAACCUCUUCUUUUUGUUUUACAGAGAUUUUUAAGACUUGAAAUCACAUUUUUUACAGUAGAGCAGUGGUUCUCAAGUCCAGUCCUGGAGGCCCACUAUCCUGCAUGUUUUGGAUGUUUCCCUGCUCCAACACACCUGAUUCAAAUGAUCAGCUCGUUAUCAAGCUCUGUAAUGUCUUGAUAACGAGCUAAUCAUUUGAAUCAGGUGUGUUGGAGCAGGGAAACAUCCAAAACAUGCAGGACAGUGGACCUUGAGGACUGGACUUGAGAACCACUGCUUUAGAGGAUAAAAAAAAACAAUUUUUUUGCAGUUUGUUUUUUAAAAUUAUAAAUACAUGGUCUCUUACAAAACUAUGAACCUCUCCCUAUCUCUACACCUGAGAGACUUGGCCUCCCUCAUACCCAGUUAUGUUAUUAACCUGCAGAGCCGGCCCAAGCCUCAAUGGGGCCCCUUAGCAAAAUUUGCUUUUUGGGGCCCUCUAUUUCUGCCAAUAAUAUUGAUUGUUGAUCAUUUACACACCUUCACAAAUCUCUUAGAUUAACAUUCCAUAACAUGCAAAUAUAACUUUAUCUUGGCAUUUUUUUCUCGUCUUCCUCUUUCUUUUCUCACUCCAUCAGCAUCAGCAGCAGCACUAAAAUGUUUUUACUUUAUUUUAUUUUUACAAUAAUACAUAUUUGAUAAUACAGAAAGCAUCACUCAUACAUGCAAAAAAUAAAAAAAAUAUUAGUAUUAUUAUUAUCAUUUUUUGAUUGCUCUUGGGGGCCCCCUACUUGCUGUGGGGCCCUAAGCAGGCGCUUAGUUCGCUUAUGCCUUGGGCCGGCUCUGCUAACCUGUUACAAAUCAGCCUAAUCUGUUAAGAGCUGUUCCUUGAAGCACAUGUUUUGUUGUGUAAUUUUUCCACAUUUUAUAAAUUUUUCUUUUUUUUAAUUGCCUCGUUCCAAAAUUUCACAAUUCCAACAUUCGGUAUGUUGUCUCUGCACCAUUUUCGAUGAAAUGUGAGUUUAAAACGAUUUGCAAAUGAUUAAUCUGUUUUUAUGCAUCUGUGUUCUCAAUUUAAACCUGUGCGAUGAGUUUAAUGCUAAAAAAAUGAUGACUAUCCACUGCAGCUGUCAUGCUUUUGUUUAAUUCCUCUCAUAUUUCCUAGACUAUCAUGUCUUUCAGGAUGAUUUGGCUAAUUCACAGAACUCCAGAGAGAGAGAGAGAGAGAAAAACUGAUUGGGCACAAUUACAUAAUCACUGAAUCAUGCAUUCCAAAUGGGCCUGUUGUUACUGUAUGCAUAUGUGUGUGUGUGUGUGCAUAAGCGUGUGUGUACAAAUGUGUACGUUUGUGUGUACGCACAUGCCUCCUACCCAAACUCCCAGUGUGGAGGUUUUAUCACCCUUAUGACCCAGCGCUGUGUCCCAAAGUAAUGGGUGCAUGAAGCAUCGCACUGCAGGAGGAGGAGAGAAAGAGAGGGAGGGGGAGGAAAGGAGGGAAGGAGGGAGGACUCUUGCCAGUUGAAAUAAUGCUUUUAAUCAGCCAAUGGGCUCUUUGGGUCUUAACACAAAUGGAAGCAUCAAGGAAGGGCAAAGAGUUUAUUAUGUCUUCCUAGAUUAUUCCAUUUAUAGCCUCUCAUAUGCUUUGUGUGUGUGUGUGUGUGUGUGUGUGUGCCGCUCGCUUAUGCUCACUCAGUCUGCAGUAAGAACUGUUUAAAACCUCCUCAAAUGAAGACUUUCUGCAGUGGUCAACAUCUGUAUUCGGUGAAGGAAGAAGGAGCUCAGUUGAAAUAUCAGGAUAUGUGUUGCAUCAUGCUUCACAAGAGCCCCCCUGAUUUAUGGCUAAACCUAUUGUGCCGGAUCCGAUGUGCAGCUGACGCAACUCAAAGCUCAAUGUACGUGCAGAUCUAGCUGUCACAAGUCUCACUCUUUGCAGAAUACGUGCUGAAAGAAUAAAAAAAAAAAGAAAGUGUUGAAGUUUUCCGGCUCUAAAGAACACAUAUAUUCGAACUUCUUUCACAUAAAAAGCAAAAAAAAAAAAAAAAGGGGAGACAGUGAUGGACAGUUUGGGAUCCAAUAUUCUUUUACCCUUUCUGCUUUUCACACCAUUUGAGAGUAAAUCAAUGUGGAACGGUACAGCGCGUGAAACUCGUCCAAGCUGCAGGAAGUGUUGGCUCAUCACUAGGCUAUUUUCAGUUCGCUGAGUUUAACUUGGAGGGGAACUACUUUCCGACGUAGAGCUGAAAAUACAGGGCUAAUUAAACUUCUUCUGGUAGCGAUUUGGCAGCUAUUUGCUACAAAUGGCUUUUCAUCACUUAUCAGAUGGCGUUGGCAGAAUUGGAGCGUUUAUGGUAAACAAAAUCAGCUUGGUGCUACAAAUGAGCAGGGCUGGAUUGAAACAUAAUAAGGCCCUAGGGCAGGAAAUUGGCUGCGGGCCCCUAUCACCCACCUUUUUGACCUGUUUCAGCUUUUAUGUUAACUUACACAUUUUUAGGGGGUAUUAUAACUAAAGAAUCACAUCUUUAAGGAUUUCCCUUGUAUAACAAAUGAUGUUUGUUGCCUGUUUUUCGGGUUUUGUCAUGACUUUUUGGUGUGCAUUAGCAGAAUAAUAUGCAUUAUAGUUCUGUUUUGAUUUUAAAUUUUGAUUGUAAUUAUAAAAAUGCCUUUUUUCAGCCUCUCGCACCCCUGGAGGUCUCGAUUUCUUGUGCGAAUCCGUUAAUCCAUUUUUACUUCUGUGUGGGUUUUUUUUUUUGUUAACUUUAGUUUAUUUGGUUUCAAUCAGUGUAAACUGAAAUUAAAAAGUCAGUCUGCUACAAAAAAGGCCAUUUAAAUCCUUGAGGUUAAAAAAGAAAAUGUGUGAAUACAUUUUUUUAAUCGCUUAUCAGGUGUUGACCAAAUUUGGUAUAAGAAUAGGUUAACUGGGAACAGACAACACAAAUUAAAAUGUAGUUUUUCAUGCUAACUAACUUGGAGAAAGCAAUUUUUCUUUGUUGUGGUGAAAAUGUCUUAACAAGUCUGGUGUUUCUAGAAAAUAAUCUCAAGUGUACAAUGCCAGAUUGAACUAUUCAGAGGCCCUAGGGCAAAACCAAGCUCUGUUUUUUUUCCUUUUUCUUUUCAAUAUAUCCUGUAACAUCAUGUCACAAUUUGGAAUUUAUGCUGCUGAGUUCUUUGUGGUGGUUUGAUAAGUCCAGGUAUUAGCCAGGGAUGAUAAAACAUGACGUUGAAUUUGGAUUUUUCAGGCUGAGAUCAUUUUUAUUGUAAUGAAUGUAACAAACCCUUGACUAAUUUCCAAUCUAACCAAGAUUUUAAAAGUCUAAAUUGUUUGCCAAUUUGUUAAUCCAUUUUUGCUACGCACAUCCUCUUGUCUCAAGGAUGGUUUGACAAGUUGAGGGUUGUUAAAAGUGUUAAAAUAUUAAGCUUCUGUGACCCCUAUUGGGGUGUAUGCUAAAAAGCCAUACAUUUACCCUGAAUGACAACUUUCCAACCUGAUCUCCAAUCUGUUGGUCUUUAACACGCCUACAGUUCGGACUCAUAUGCCAACCCAUCCUUGCGCCUACUUGUGUUGCGUUCACUGACUGGUUUGACAAGCUAGGGGUCAUUGAUGCUGUCAUGUCUUGUUCAUGUCUUGGGAAAUGCCAGUGCCAAUUAAAACUGAGUGAUACACAUGGCAACCAAUUUGCUAGAAUUAGCCAAAAGGCUAUUUUCAUCUGUGGUCACUGACCUGAUGGUCAAGGCGCUAUACUGGGCCAUCCAAAUUAAAGCGUACUGUUUGUAAAAUAGCUAUUAAAAAGCUGUUCUGAUGUGCAUAAUUUAUAAGAUUUCAUUGUCACUGUCAUCGUUUCUCUUGUUUCCUUCUCUGGUUUUGAUUUACACAAAGUUGAUAUUUUGGAAAAUUUUUUGGAUUGCCUGUGGAGCUUGAAAGUCUAAAACUGUUCACUUCCAGUCUAUGUCUUGAAUUUCUAUGUUAAUAGUCUUAUUGGGAUACAACAAGUGGUAAAAGUGGUUUAGGACUGUUUUGAAUGGUCAUUUGUGUAAUAGUUAUCAUGUUGGGCCAAACUUAACCAUCUGAUUGACAUAGCUUGCGAAUAUGGCCUUCCCUACCCUGUACUCUUGGUUUCCCUCAUUUGCUCCGUACCACCCAGCAUGCCAACGAUAUGCAGAAACAAUAAUUAAGCUAAUACCAGGCCACCUUGUGUAUACUGAGACAGAUAGAGGGGGUGGACACAUUCCAUAUGCUCGAGCGAUGCCUCGCCUACCCCCCGCCGGAGCCUCUCGUCCUCGGCUCAGCCUCACUGCUCGCCUGUCCCAGUCCCUACGAUGAUGUGAGCAAUUGAGUUCAAGGAGAUCUGGGUAAUUGAGAGGGCAGGGAUGGCAUCUGACAGGCACCGAUGGCUCCAAUGAUUACUUUAAUCAGAGUGGUUAAUGGAAUUCCUUCAGGCAUGUAGAAAUGCUCAAAUGUUCAUCAGCACUCAGGCAGUUUUUUUACCCACACCGACACCUCCUCUCUUACCCCAUGUUGCUUUAAUUACUGAUCAGUUUUCUACCCUUUUUAAUGCAUCCUCUUCUGCAUCCAGUUAUUUGCGUGCUCUUCUUUGUUCUACUAUAUGAGGGGCUUUUAUUGUUAUGUGGAGAAAAUGAAUUAUGUAUGAAGUGUUUUUGUACAUGCAAUGUCACCUGUAAGCAUAUAAAGAGAGGGUCAAGGACUCACUCUCGUAAAAUUGGUUUUAAACCAAGCUUGUCCCCACAUAAACAUAAAGAAGCAAAGGUUUACGAGUAAUGAGAGUACAUCUGGUUAUAUGUUUGGUUUUAAUUUACCCUGAGUAUUUAUCAUGACAGCAGCUAUUAGCUUCUGCAGCCCUCAUAUCUGUUUUCGUCAUUUGUUCCCAAACUUUAAAUGCAAUUUCAACUGUGAACUUUCUAAUGAGUCUCAGUUAACACUCCCACUGUCCAGCCUGUGCUGAAUUGACUUCAAGACAUUUAAAAGCACAGUCUGUAUCCAGACUCUAAUGCCAUCUGCCGUAUUAACAUGCCUUCUCUGGCUGGCUGACUUUUUAUUCUGUUUGUUUAAAGUCUGAGGACAUUUUUUUCCCUCUUGUGGCACAGAUGUUGGCAUGAUUUUACAACCCUAAUUCCAAAAAAUGUUUGGCGGCGCUGUAAAAUGUUAAUAAAACCAGAAUUUGAUGGUUUGCAAAUCAUUAAAACUCAAUUUUUCAUCGAAAGUGGUUCAAGAGCAGCAUAUCAAAAGAUACACACUAAAUCACAACAAUGCAAUGCUUGAUGAAUAUAGAUGCUCACUGCAGCAAGGCCAGUCUGACUCUCCUCCUAAAGAAUCACGCUUUUGUAAUUCAUCCAGAAUGUGGUUUGGCAAUGUGUUGCUGGAAAGGUCUUUGCUGAAGAAAGCAAUGCCCGCAUGGCAGCAUAUGUUGCUCUAAAACCUGUACGGUGCCUUUCAUUACACGUGAGCCAACCAUCCCAAAACCUUUAUGGUAGCUGGCUUUUAAACUGGGUCCUCUGAAUGUCAAGCUGUCCAUGAUUUCCAAAAAGAAUGUCAAAUUCUCAAACAUCAGUCCACGGGACAGAUUUUCCACUGUGCCUCAGUCCAUCUUGAUUGGGACCAUACAUAUGGAAGUUGUUUGCAUUCUGGCUCAUGUUUCUAUAUGGUUUCCUUAUUUGCAUGGUACAAAUUUUAACUGUAUACAGUGUUCAGAAAAUGAUUUUUUGAUGGAUUUUGAGUCCAUGCAGCAACUUCCACAUUAAUGCUACUAAGAGAAGGUUUUUGUUGGUUGAGAAACAGACUAAAACUAGCGCAAAUGCCUCUUUAGGAACUUUAAAAGCAAACGAGCAUCAGCAACAUGGCUGAUAAUUUCUCUUUUAGGGGGUAGAUGCUAGACCGGAUGAUUGACAGCAGGUUUCGAAACAGCCUUUUAAUACUUGAACCACCGCAAAUACUCAUAGUGAUACAUCAGACUAUUAAAAGACAACAAGAUGAGUUUUUGUCUGAAAAAAAAAAUAGAACCACUUUAAAUUAAGGUCCUAGUAUUACAAGCAUUCAUUUAUAAUUGAUACUACACUUAUAAGACCUUAUGAGAUAACUCUAAAUAAUAAGUGUUAAUUAGGAUAUAUAAAAGGAAAUAAUUAUUUUUGGGCGCAUAUAAGAAACCUGUUACAGUUUAUUUACAUGACAUAGACAUCAAUAGGAUGUUAGCAUUAGUUAGACUCAAAAUGGGUUAAUUGAAGAUUAAUUUACAAAUUUAUAAUAAACUACUAACACAGAAAACUUAGGAGAAAUAACAGAUAACAUUAAUUAUAGUCCUAUUAAUGCCUUUAAAUGUCUGAUAAGCAAUGAUAAAUGUUAUUUAUGCUUAUUAACUCCAAUUAGCAUCUUUAAGCAUUGGCUCUUUAGUACAAGAUACCUACAUUAUAUGAAGUGUUGCGUUAAAGACUGAGGUAUCACUUUGUCCACAGGGGGCGCCAAAAUUGACAUAUACCAAACGUUUCUGACAGGUGCUUUAAAUAAUGAACCUUGAUGAUUUGCAAACCAUGUUUUAAGUAACAUUUUCACACAGCAUCUUUAAGUAUGACUGAAUAAGAUUGUAAUGAAUUUCAGACUUCAUCAAAGGAUGAAAAUGUGUGUGUCUGAAUGUUGAAAUUCUGUAAAAUCUACAUUUCGGUCAUCCAAUAGUUUUACAUCCAUAAUGAUCUUCUUGCAGGACUUUAUAGUGUGUGUCAUGUAAAAAUGACAACAGCCUUUUUAAAAUAGUACCUUGUCAUUUUUAAUUUUUUUUAUCCCGUUGCCUUUUUUUCUCUUUCCCGCUUGUACUAUCAGGCCUCCAGUUCUGUUUGUUUGUUUGUUUGUUUGUUUACGGCGGCUGCACCCGUUGAUCCGGAGCCGCAGUAACCCUGUCGUUUGAUAAAUGGCAACCACAGCAUUACUGACUCCCCAGCCGAGCCCGGUGACGCCUGGCCGAAAAAAAAAAAAAAAAGAACAACAGGUUGAUGUAUGGCUUCCUUCAAAGUGUCAAGUCAUUUAACUUGAGUGCGUCCAGGCACAGGGGCGUCUAUGUUUGGCCUGUGUGAAUUUGGAUUCCUGCCCCGUCCUGCCUUGCCUCAUAUGUGUCAUCAAGCCAAAACACCACCAAAUAGGUACAUCAGAGGUCUGUGAUGCAGGAUAAAUGUGUGUUUUGAUUUCUCAAGUCAGGAUGAAUUUGUCAUGCGAGCGCAAAUGACAACUGUGGAAUAAGGUCAAGUCAAGAAGCAUCAUUGUCAGGAGUAAAGACAAGCUAGCAGGGGACUUCCUUCCUUUCCUGUUUGAAUGCCUUUUGGGACUUUUCAGAUAUUAAACCAUUGUCAAAAACCAAUACAGAGGACUAACUAGUGACAGAUUGAAUCUUAAUCCUUCCCUCUGAGAUCCAUUCCCAGUUGGCUCAUUCCCCAUUAUUCCUUUUUUUCCAUGACCUUGUCAAGCAUUUUUUUUCCGGUGAGAUGAUCUUUCCCUGUAUUAACUGGUGCUUUGAGGAGAAGGGGACAUUUUCAGUGGCUCCUAUCUUUGAAAAUUAAUCACAGGGGAAAAAGAUCAGUCCAGACAGUCCAAUUGAAAGAGACUUUGAUACAAUUUGGG